AUGAAGAUAUGUCUACGUUAUCUCGGUGACCCUGGAUAUCAACAAGGUUUUGGUCAGGAACUUGGUGUUAGACAAGCAACGGUAUUUCGAACUGUGGAUAGAGUUGUGAACGAAUGGAUCAAGUUUCCAACUACCAAUCAUGAACUAAUGGAGGCCAAGCGGAUAUGGCAAAGUAUGUAUAAAUUUCCGACAGCAAUUGGUGUAAUUGAUUGUACACAUAUACGAGUAGGAAUCCUGAAACCAAAUCGCCAUGGAGAUGACUAUAUCAACCGAAAAGGGAAACCUACUUUAAAUGUGCAAGCCACUUGUGCUGACAGAGAGAUGUUCACAAGUGUUGAUGUCAGUUGGCCUGGAUCAGUGCAUGAUUCCAGAAUAUGCAGAAAUUCACAGACUAGAUCACAACUAAUAAAUAAAGCAAAUGUUGUGCUACUUGGCGAUGACGGUUACGGUAUUGAGCCAUGCCUUAUGACUCUCCCUUCAGAAAUCCUACUUCAGGUGCAGAAAUAA